AUGGCCGACAACGAGAAGCAGUCGCACGCCGAGGAGCGCGCCGCCCCCGGCAGCCCGCCGCCCGAAGACGCUGGCGUCGCCGACGCGCGCAAGAAAUCAUGGAAGUACCGCGAGUUCAACAUCCUGGGCCACAGGGUCUACUACGCGUCGCCCGCCGCGCAGCUCGGCAUCGUGUCGUUCGUGUGCUUCAUGUGCCCGGGCAUGUUCAAUGCCUUGUCCGGCAUGGGCGGCGGUGGCCAGGUCGACACUGAGGCCGCCAACAAGGCCAACAUCGCCCUGUACUCGACCUUCGCCGUCGUCGGCUUCUUUGCCGGCACCAUCGCCAACACGCUCGGUGUCAAAUUCGCCCUGGGCUUCGGUGGCCUGGGCUACAGCAUCUACGUCGCCUCCUUCCUCAGCUUCUCGCACACCCAGAACUAUGGCUUCACCAUCUUCGCCGGCGCCUUCCUUGGUGUGUGCGCCGGCCUGCUCUGGUGCGCCCAAGGUGCCAUUAUGAUGUCCUAUCCGCCCGAGGCCUCCAAGGGCCGCUACAUCUCGUGGUUCUGGAUGAUCUUCAACCUGGGAGCUGUCAUUGGAAGCUUGAUUCCCCUUGGCCAGAACAUUCACAACACCGAAGCCGCUACUGUUAGCGACGGCACCUACAUUGGGUUCCUGGUCCUGACUCUGAUCGGCGCAGCCCUCGCCUUCACCCUCGUCUCCGCCAAGAGCGUCAUCCGUGAGGAUGGCUCGCACAUCAUCCUGAUGAAGAAUCCCAGCUGGAAGACGGAGCUGAUUGGUCUCGGCGAAACAUUCGUCUCCGACCCCUACAUCAUCACCCUCUUCCCCAUGUUCUGGGCCUCGAACUGGUUCUACACUUACCAGUUCAACGACAUCAAUGCCGCCUAUUUCAACCUGCGCACCCGUGCCCUCAACAACACUCUGUACUACAUCAUGCAGAUUGUCGGCGCCUUCAUCUUCGGCUACGCUCUCGACCUCGAACGCUUCCGCCGCACCACCCGCGCCAAGGCCGUCUGGGUUGCCCUCUUCGUCCUUACCAUGGCCAUCUGGGGCGGCGGUUACGCUUUCCAGAAGACCUACACCCGCGCCGAAGCCGCAUCCGACGAUUUCCACGUCAAGGACUGGGCCCACGAUGGAUACAUCGGCCCCAUGUUUUUGUACAUGUUCUACGGCUUCUACGAUGCAGCUUGGCAAACCGCCGUCUACUGGCUCAUGGGCGCCAUGACCAACAACGGCCGAAAACUCGCCAACUUUGCCGGCUUCUACAAGGGCAUUCAGUCGGCUGGUGCCGUCGUCAUCUGGGCGCUCGACCUGGAGAAGCUGCCGUUCAUGAACCUGUUCGCCUCUUGCUGGGCCCUGCUGGCUGGCUCGCUGAUCAUUGCUCUGCCCGUCAUCCUCAUCAAGAUCAAGGACCACGUCUCCAUCGAAGAGGAUCUUAAGUUCACCGACAACAGCCUGACCGACGUUGCCCCCGUUGGCACCACUGCGUUCGAGGAGGAGACGAAGAAAUGA